CUAUAUCAGCUCUAUUCACGCGAAAUCCUAUUUUAUUUGCACGAUUUGCCGUCACACGGAGACUAACGAACAUCUGAAGACCACGGGUUACAUACUCCUGCCUUCCUUUGGGUUUAUUUACACUCUCCUUGAUUUGGCCUCCUACCUCAACAGGAGUUCUUAAACUUUACAUUACUUUCGCUUAAAGAAUUUUAUACCUCUUCGGAAUACCUCAAAAUGUCAUCCAGUGAGACUAUUGAAAUCUUGCGGGCCGAUUCCCAAGAUACCUUGUCUCCAGAUGAAUGUUCAACUUGUCUCUUCGAUGGUACGCCUCAAUCAGGAAUGAUAGAAGAAAUAUCCACAUCAGAUGACACGGACAGCUACCGGGUGAUUGAUGAACCGAUCUACGGGACCAUAAGAAUCGAUUUACCAUGCGCGAUUGAGAUUAUGGAGUUACCUACAUUUCAAAGGCUCAAGAAAGUAUUACAACAUGGCAUCACUGCUCUUAUUGGUUGUGUACCAUCUCCAGCAGUCAAUCGAUUCGAUCAUAGUGUGGGUGCCAUGCUUCUGGUGAAGCGAACUGGAGGAACAGAGGAAGCCCAACUGGCUGCAUUACUUCACGAUGUUGCUCAUACUACUUUGAGCCAUGUACUUGAUCUAGUUUAUGGAUAUGUCAUUCACGAAGUGGAUAAACCCGAAUAUAUCGCUUCUACACCUAUUCUCGAAGUGUUGACCAGGCAUGGCUUUGAUCCAGAAAGAGUACUCAAUGAAGAGAACUUCAGACUCCUGGAACUACCAAAGCCUGACUUGUGUGCCGACCGAUUGGACUAUAGCCUAAGAGAUUCGGUCGCUUUCCAUAUUCUCACUCGCGAACAAGCUCGUAGUAUCCUUGAAUCUGCUGUCAAUUAUGAAGGCCAAAUAGUGCUUAAUUCGAUCGAAAGUGCAUCAUUGCUCGCCAAUGCAUAUCUCUCAUGCGAUGAAUACUCUUGGGCUAAUCCAACCCACGAGUAUUUGUAUCAACUAUGUGCUAAAGCCAUCAGGGAGAGUCUUAAUGAUGGCCAUAUCGAUAAAGCGUGUCUCUGGAAAUUAGGUGAUGAAGAAUUCUGGUCCAAUCUAGCGUCACGGGCGACUCCUGAAGUUCGAAGCAUUAUGGAGAAGAUUGAUAAGCGUUGUAAAGUAUCUGAGUGGGAUGAAUCAACAAUGAAGUCUGAAGCUGAUGAUAACAGUGUUUGUGAAUUGAAACUUAGAGUUAGGACUAUAGACCCUUUGGUAUUAACCGAGGAUGGACCCCAACGUUUAAGUUGUUUAGAUCCUGAUUUUGCUGAACGACGUGAAAAGUAUAUCAAGUCAAGAGAAACCGUUCAAAAAUUUGUAGUGAAAUAUACAUCGUGAUGUUAGAUUGAUUCUAGAUAUUCUUUCGUGUUAGUUAUUCUUGAAAGGACGUAUUGUAUUUUUUAUUCUUUUCGCUUGUUGUGAGAUCAGGUUGUUUGUAUUGUGAUUGCUUUGAGUUGGAGUGCAUGAUUUGUUUCAUUUCUAGAAGGAAUCAAUCCUGUGAGUCAUUUGGAACAUUUAAGCUAUUAAUUCCAUGCU